AUGCAGAGUCCAAGAGAGAGUCAUGGAGAAGCAGUGAAGCAUCUAAUACAAUACAUAAAGGGCACUACAGAGUAUGGUCUCUUCUUCAAACGGGAUGGAACAACGGAGAUUACAGGUUACAGUGACAGCAGCCAUAACAUAGACGUUGAUGAUGGAAGAAGCACUACAGGGUUUAUGUUCUACCUAGGAACAUCGCCGAUCACGUGUACAUCGUGCAAGCAACCCACAGUGGCACUCUCUUCAUGUGAGGCGGAGUUCAUGGCAGCUACGGAAGCUGCAAAACAAGCAAUAUGGUUAAAGGAGUUGAUGGUCGAGAUCAUGAACAAAGAAGACAAGAAGGUCGUGUUGAAGAUUGACAACAAGUCAGCGAUAGCCCUCACCAAGAACCCGGUGUUUCACGGUAGAAGCAAACACAUACUCUCGAAGUACCAUUUCAUUCGAGAAUGUGUGGAGUUCGACUUUAUCGAAGUGAAGCACGUACCUGGAGUGGAGCAGAAGGCAGACAUACUCACUAAGCCAUUGGCAAGGAUCAAGUUCUAA